UUGUCGGUGUCGCGGCGAGCGUGUCGAAUCAGCGCUUGCGAAUUCGCAGAUGAGAGACGCGACGAGGCGAGCGGGGCUAACGACAAGCUGCGAGUGAAAUAACUCACGAAACUGCGGGAGAUCAGCGGAGGAUCACCGACGAACGGCCCGGGAGCGACGAGAUCAUCAGUCAUGAAGGAAAACGCCUUCUCUCGGGAUUUAGGAUAGAAACACAGUAUCACAAACACACACACACACACACACACACACACACUUCCACAAUCCUUCUCCUUCUGCUGCUGCUGCUGAUGAUGAUGAUGAAGAAGAAGAUGAGUUCCUGAUUUACUUACUUUCUCACACACACACACACACACACACUCACCUGCCUCUGUUCCCACGUUCUGCUGCUGAUGCUGAUGAUGAUGAUGGUGGUGGUGGUGAUGAAGAUGAGGCCCUGACUCUCUCACACACACACACACACACACACACACACACACACUGGGAUCAUGGGCUCGUCUCUCAGUGAGCCCUGUAUCUAUGACAAGCUGUCGGAGAGCAUCGACAUCCUGCGGCAGUCUGGGUACCGUUACGGGAUGACCGAGAGCGAGAUCGAGAAGUUCAUCAAGCAGGUGCUGGAGACCAACGAGCCCCGCAGGGACCCGCCUCAGUUCCCCAUCCUGAGGGCCACCGUCAAGCUGCUGCUGGCUCUGGGGGUUCUGCUGAUGGCGGUGCUGGUCUUCACGUAUCCUCACGGUGCUCCUCUUCUGGACUCCUCGAGCUCAGCCGGACUCAACAGUUCAUCUCCUCUCAGUCACGCGCGGCUCCUGGAGCUUCCCAUCGCCAACAAAUACAACCUGCACGGUUUCCACGAGUGGUGGGCGUCUGGAGCUCCGCAGACCCCGGCGGUGAACUGCUCUGUCUGCGCAGACGUGACUGCGGUGCUGGAGCUGAGAACAUCUACAGGGAUCGACAGACACACACAGCCACUGCUGCUCAAGGGUGGAGAGUCUCUGUCUCGUCGUGUGUCUCAUCUGGAGCAGUUCUCUCAGACGCUCACAGCAGCUCCUGCUAACUUCACCCUGCUCUGGAGCUUCUCGUCCAGUCCCAGAGAGACUCUUCUCCGGUGGUUGUUCCCUGACGCUGAACUCUGCCCUCUGCUGGAGAACACGGGAACAACUCUGCAGCGCUGCCAGCUGAGUGACCGGCCCCGGGCCCCACACACGGUCAGAACACACAGGAGGGUGCAGGUGUUAGGAUGGCUGGUGGUGGCUGAAGGUUCUCCGGUUCUGCGUGUCCUUCCUGUCCAGCGAUGCCAAAACCACUGCAGCUCCUUCAGUCUGUGGCUGGAGCCGGGAGACAUGGUGCUGGCGGAUCCUCGUCACUGGCUGCUGGAGCUGUCCCCGUCUGGAGAUCAGAGAGUGCUGUGUGACGGGCCGGUGCUCUGAUCCGAUCCGUCCGGACGCCGCUCUUCCGUGAUCCCGAGCGGAUCCUCGCUCACAGACGUCAAAAACUGUAUUUUGUUGAAAGCAAAUCGAACCUAUUUUAGGAUAUUUUGGUACACUUUGACAUUGUUUUCGUGACCUUUAAGCGAAUUUCCAACAUGUCAUUACUGGGAUGCAAAAAACACGAGCUCUUUAUUUUGCGCAAAAAAAAAUUCUCAUUACUUUUACGCUGCAACUGAUUCAUGUUAAUAUAUAAAGUCAACCGUAAGUUAUUUUUGUGUUUCAUGAUGGUGUUUGUUGUACUGACUGAAUUUAAAGAAGACUAUUUCUGUAAUACAGUGCUGAAAAAAGAAAGUAUUUUGUGUUAUGGUUAAAAAAAGAUUAACGGUAAUGAGAAUAAAUAUAACUGAUAUACUGAAAAUAUUUUUUUUUUCUUCUGUUAUGGUUCUUUUUUUUUCAAUGACUUAAAUACAUGUUUAUGAGAAUUAUUUUGUUAAAAAUCUCUUCGUAUUAUAGUUAUAAUUUUUUUUGGUGAAGGCAAUGAGAAUGAUCAUAUUUUGUAUUACGGUAAUGAGAAAUGCGUUUCUAUAACGGUAAUGAGAAUCUGUGUAUAUUUUUCAUUAAGGUAAUGAGAAUUAUUUUGUUCAAAUGCUGUUUUUUUCUCCCCUAUUACGGUAAUGAGAACAAGUUUAGUUUUUUUCUUUAUGUCUGUACAGUGAUGAGAACAUUAAUUCAAUAAUACAUUAAUUUUGUAUUUUGGUAAUGACAGAGAACAUUUGUAAUACUACGGUAACUUCCGCUUUGUUUCCUGAUGGUAAUGCUGACUGUUUUUGCAUCCCAGUAAAGCGAGUACGUCGGAAAUGACUUUCAUCGUCACGAGUCGAACUUGAGUGUUGAAAUGUGAGCCGCAGAUGUUUCGCGACUGCAGAUCAGCCAAUCGGAGCACUUUAGAUGUUGGCCACCGGCCGAUGAUGUCAUAUCCUGGUCGAGCGACGACGUCAUCACCGCCGCUGUUUAACGCAGCCAACGUUUCUUGUUCUCUGGGGUUUAAUCAUUGUAAAUAUUGAGAGCGAGACGCAGAGGAUGUGAUUUACUAAUAUGAUUCAGAGAUUUAUGUUGAUUGUGAUUUUACUGCAGGAUUUACACAGUAAACGAGAGCUGCUGUUCGUACA